AUGCGAUUUCUUUGCUUACAUGGCGGCGGCACAAAUCGCGAGAUCUUCGAAAUUCAAAUUGGAGGCAUCCGCCACAUACUAGAACAAAGCGGUCACCAAUUCACAUUCAUGAACGGAAAGAUAAACGCCAAGGUCGAAGAGGAACUUGAAGGCAUAGUGGACGGCCCCUUCUAUAACCACUACACCCGAGGUUUCUCACCCGGUUCCAGUAUCCUCGAAGCCUUCGAUCACACCAAGCGCUUCAUCGCAGAAGAAGGCCCAUUCGACGCGGUGAUAGGCUUCUCACAAGGCGCGGCACUAGCAGCCUCGCUUCUAAUCCACCAAAGCAAGACAUACCCAGCUGAACCGUCGCUAUUCCGCGCAGCGGUGUUUAUCUGUGGCGCGGCGCCGUGGGAGAGUUCCGGACUGGAACAUAUCGCGCCGCAGCCGGAUACUUAUCCGAUUACCAUUCCGACGGCAAAUAUCGUUGGCAAGGCGGACACGCUGUUCUCUGAGGGCGUGAACUUAUUUAAGCUUUGUGAGCCCACUAAGGCGACUUUCUAUGAUCAUGGUUCUAAGCAUAUGGUUCCCUUUGAUAUGAAGAAUACGGAGGAGAUGACUAGGGUUAUUAAGGAGGCUAUUGCGAAGGCCGUUAGAGGUUAG